AGCCUCUCUCAUCAGCCUACUCAGCUGAGCUUACAACCCACCUCUAAAAGAGCCAAGGCCUGCUCCCAAUCAAGAAAGGCGACUUCUUCCCCCUUUUCUGGAAAGCGUGGAUGAGCUCCUUUAAGGAGGAGACGAUACUCAAGUCUUUUAAAGCGACUGGUAUAUCACCAUUCGAUCCAGAGGUUAUACUCCAAAGGUUCAACGACACCACCCUAGACGAGCAGGUAUCGCGAGAGAGCUCUACGUCAGCACUUAGCGGAUCUGACUGGCGUAAACUGGAUCGCCUUGUGCGAUCUGCAGUAGAGGACCAGAGCAGUAAGGACGCGCAGAAGCUCAGCCGCUCACUCCACCACAUCUCCGUUCAAAACGAGCUCCUUCGCCAUGAAAUCAACGGGCUAAAGGAGGCGCUAUUAGUUAAGAAGAGGCAUAAGAAGAAGGGCAAGCCUCUUGACCUUCAGCAACGUCAAGAAUACCAUGGAGGUGCAGUUUUCUAGUCACCAAGGAAGGUUAGGGAGGCGCGUGUACGUCAGUCUGUGAAGGAGCAAGAGGAGAAGGAGCGGAGACUUCAAAAAGCCGAGACAGCUAAGUUAAGGAAGGCAGCUAAGCUGUAUAAGGAGAAAAUUGUAGAGGAGAAGCGUGUGGCGCGGGAGGCAGCUAAAGUAGCUAGGGAGAAGGAGAGGGCUGAGAAGGCAGCAGAGCG